AUGAACUCAUCUCCUUUCGCUUUAUUUGUUCUUGAUAAGUCUAUCGAUAAUGAGACUCUCGAACGUGCACGCAGCUGGGAUGCUGCCAAUGAAGCAGAUUGGGAUCUCUGGCUCGCAACUAAUUCUUACGAAGAUAUGCCGCGUGAUCCACCAAACAGGAGACAGCCCGAUGGCUCAGUCUUGCCUGCCGCGCAUGGCACUGUGCCGCCUAUUUCGAAAUCAUAUGUUUCGCCAUGGUACGGCAAGACCGUCGAAGACUGCGCGAGGUGGUUACAAGCGGCGCCUGACGAUGUCGCAUCGGACAAGCAACACUUUGCAGCCAUGAACGAGUACUCAAGGGAAGACGAUACAGUACUUUUGUGUCGCGUGAAGAAGACUGAUGGGGAAGCCGGGUGGAAAGUGGAUUAUUAUCCAGUUUGGACGGUACAUGUGGCUAUGGCUUUGCAUACCCGUAAUGGGACUUCAUUCGAAGAGUCGUUUGGUGGAUAUCAGCGCAAGAUGGAGGGUGAAGGAAAGCCCGACAGGAGUCAGGGUGGGCCAUACUCGUAG